AUGGGCUCACUGCUUGUACCUUUCCUACUUCUAACACUAGCCUCCUCUUCGCCUCUGGCUCGUCGACAAGCAGUCACGGACGCAAUCGCACCAGCAGCGCCGCCACCGCCCGGGUGCAGCCCUGUCUUUGACGGGAUCUUUGGCGUCGCAGUACAGAAUCUCACCGACGGCAACGAUGCCCUCGAUAAGCGGAAGAAUCCCAUCCGCCGCGGGGAAUGUACUACAAAGACGCGUACUAGCCGCAGAUGCACCUGCGAAGAUGAAGCGAAACCGGCCUCGGCCACUCUGCCACCUAUGACCGUGGCCCAGAUCAACCAAAUAGCUGAUGGGCAGAUACAAGGCAGCCUGCACACGGUGACCAUGAACCCGAUCGACCAGAUCGCCGACGGCCAGAUCCAAAACCACCGCGUCACCUACGCGCCCGCCGCAUACGUGCCACCCACGGCGACCGCAACACCUGCUGUCGCCACAGACAGCGACCUCGCCGCCAUCUCUCAAACCACCGCAUCACCCACCAGCGCCGGCAGCGACGACCUAGACCCCUCCGACCCAACCAACGACAACGACAACGACAACGACAUCGCCAUGGUCGCCUGCCUCACCGACUCCUCCCUCCAACUUCAACUCUCCGACGGCAUCCUCACGGACGCUUACGCGCGCACGGGCUACAUCGCGUCCAACUACCAGUUCCAGUUCGACGCGCCGCCGCAGGCGGAGGCCCUAUUCACGAGCGGGUGGAGCGUGUGCGGCAAUGGGAGCCUGGCGUUGGGGGGCAGUACCGUGUUCUGGCAGUGUCUGUCGGGGGAUUUUUAUAAUUUGUACGAUCGCUGGUGGGCGAGUCAGUGUAGUGAGGUGGUGAUUCGGGUGGUGGAGUUGGUGGAUUGUGGGACGGAGGGGUGA